AUGGCCGACCAAGCUUCCCAGCCUUCUGCUUCAACCCCUUCCACUGACCAAAUCUCCAUGCGAGUGGCAGCAUUCCUUGCUGCCAGUUGCCGUCUUGCUGCCCAACCCCACACUGUUUCCAGAAUCACCAGUAGACCUCGGAGAAACCCUUUAGCUAUCAGGCCUGCUCAGUUCAAGAGGGGACAAAGCAUUGAAAGCACCCCACUCCCAACUCCAGUCAUCUCAACUGAAAGCGAAAAGAAGAGACAAGAUGACAAUGAGGUAUUCGGAAAAAUUCUGAGUAACUUGGAGGUAGAAGGAGAUUUGCUCGAUGCAGGGGUUGUAAACCAACCAUUGUCUACGGAGGAGGUGACGAUGGUGGUGACUGAAGAAGUGGUGGUGGUAGAGGAAGUGGCAGUGACGAAUGAAGUGGUGGAAGAGGAGACAAGAAGAAGCACUUUGGCUUUAGAGACUUUUGAGGAAACUACGCAAGUAGAAUUCUAUGACGUACCCAUCAAAGUCGUGUUAGAAGAAGUUGCGACAGAGAAGAAACAAGAAGUGGAAGACGAGAAAAAGAAGAAAAAGAAGAAGAAGGAAAAGAAGGUUGGAGAAGGUGAGCCAUCCCAUCAUCGCAAAGAGAAGAAGAAUAAAGAAAAGAAGGAGGAUGAAAAAGAUGAGGAGGCCAAGCUAAGAAAGAAGAAAGAGAAGAAAGAAAUGAAGGAGCGCAGGCGUGAGGAAAGGCGCCUAAAGAAGGAAGAAGAAAAGAAGAAGAGGGUUGCAAGUCCAGAGAUGGAUGGAGAAUCAACCUCUGUAAGGGAGGACAGGGGGGAAAUAGCGCAAUUAAUGGAGCCGACGCAACCUGAACCAACGCAAUUAGUUUGGACUGACGAAGGCGAAGAAGGAGAAGCUACCCUCCUAAUGCGGCGUCACAAGGGUCUAUCGUUGACCCUUAAAUUUUGA